AUGUCCAAAAGAAAGAGCAGCCCCCUUUGGAACCACUUUGAGGAAGUUGUGCCUGGAAAGAAGGCAAAAUGUGGCUACUGUUCCCGGGUACUGGCGGUUUCAUCAAGCUCAAUCGGAAGUUUAAGCCGACACAUGAAAUCCGUCCACCCGACUGUACAAAUUAGCAGUAGCCGACAGCCGGCAAUAACACCAGCGGCAGUAGAAGCAUUCGACGGCGACAUCAUAGCAUCAGCGGAGCCGGCAGCAGUACCCUCAAGUAGCGGCAGCGUGCAAGGUGAGGAUCACAGAGCCGAUAAUGCUUUGUUUGUACGACUUGGCCAGAGACCGACCGCGGCUGCCCCUACAAUGGCUGAUUACGUGCAGUCAAAAAAAACCCUGCCAAGACAUCGAGUGCAACAGCUCGAUGAACAAUUAGUUCGAAUGAUUGCGAAGGGAUAUCACGCCCUUCGCUUGGUUGAUGAAGUGGAGUUCCGCAAGUUCGUGGAAAUGUUGAACCCGGGCUACACAUUACCGACCCGGAAAACUCUUUCCGAGAGCUUGCUCCCCAAGGUCUAUAACAAAGUCUUAGAAACAGUGAAAAAGCAAAUCGCUAAAGCUGCAGCUGUUUGCAUUACUACAGACGCAUGGACAUCCUGUGUGCACGAUGGCUAUAUUGCGGUCACUGCACAUUUUAUUGAUACUGAAACGCACAAAGUAUGCACAGUUAUGAUUGGGUGCUUAGAGUUUGAGGAGAGACACACCAGUGCAAAUCUAAAAGGCUUUUUGGAAGCGAAGUUCCAGGAGUGGAACAUAUCACAAUUCGUCAAUGUAAUAGUCAGUGACAGUGCGGCGAAUAUUUUAAGUGUGUGUUACGCACAUACCUUAAAUUUAGUGGUGCAAGGUAGCUUGGACGCCUUGUCUGAUACGAUGGAUAGGGUGAAAGGCGUUAUCGAAUAUUUUCAUCGCAGCCAUCCAGCGAAGAAGAAAUUGGUGGAAAUUCAGGAGCAAAUGCAUAUUUCCCCAUUGAAACUGAAGCAAGACGUAACUACGCGCUGGAACUCUACAUAUGAUGCGCUAAACCGGUUGCUGAGGAUGAAAGAAGCCCUAAUUGCCACUUUAGCAAUUAUGAGCAAAUAUUCUCCGGAUGGUCAUCCCAAGUUGGAGCGCCUACAUAACGCACUCAAACAACAAAUGGCGCAAAGAUUCGGAGAUGUAGAAAAUAAACCACUUCUUUGCGAGGCGACCAUAUUGGAUCCGAGAUUCAAGAAAAGUGGCUUCAGUGAUUUAAGAAAUUUUGAGAAAGCAGUGGCUGCUCUAAAAUUGAGAAUUGGCUCGGACAGAACCCUGACCCACGUACCCGUUCAGGAGGAGGCAACGCAAGUGCCAGCUCCUCAGCCGCCGAAAACUGGCUCUAUUUGGGACGAUUUCGACGAGGAAAUUUCUGCUCUCGUCCCACAAAACCCAACCGCUGCUGGCAUUGUCGAAUUCGACAAAUACUUAGACGAACCUUUGAUAAAAAGGUCAGAAAAUCCUUUGCUCUGGUGGAGUGAUCGCAAAGGCGUGUAUCCCCGGCUGUACAGAUACAUGUUGAAACGCCUCAACAUCGCAGCAACAUCGCUAAUAGGUAAUAGCGAGGAGCCAUAG